GCGGGGCGGGGACUCGGCGACCUCGGCUGCCAGGAGCGGCGGUCCUGGUGCGCGCCGGGCUGGGCGCAGCUGGCCGGCGGUGUCCCAGAGCUUCGGCGCCGCCCAUGGCCGCAAUGCUGGAGCCCGAGCCCGUGGUAGCCGAGGGCACGGCGGCGCAGGCGGUGGAGACGCCGGACUGGGAGGCCCCGGAGGACGCGGGCGCGCAGCCCGGAAGUUAUGAGAUACGACACUACGGCCCCGCCAAGUGGGUCAGCACUUGUGUGGAGUCCAUGGACUGGGAUUCAGCCGUCCAGACUGGCUUUACAAAACUGAACAGCUACAUUCAAGGCAAAAACGAGAAAGGGAUGAAGAUAAAGAUGACGGCCCCAGUGUUGAGCUACGUGGAGCCUGGCCCCGGUCCUUUCAGUGAGUCUACCAUUACCAUUUCCUUGUACAUCCCCUCUGAGCAGCAAUCUGAUCCGCCCAGGCCCUCAGAGUCAGAUGUCUUCAUUGAAGAUAGAGCCAAAAUGACUGUGUUUGCACGGUGUUUCGAGGGAUUCUGUAGCGCCCAAAAGAAUCAAGAACAGCUUUUGACAUUAGCAAGUAUUUUGAGGGAAGAAGGAAAAGUCUUCGAUGAAAAAGUUUUCUACACUGCAGGCUACAACAGUCCUUUCAGAUUGCUUGACAAAAAUAAUGAAGUGUGGUUGAUUCAGAAAAACAAACCCUUCAAAGCAAAUGAAUGAGACAGUGAAUGGAAGUUCACUGCUGUAUCCUGAGUGGAAUUAUGAGACCUUAGGCCUGAGAGGUGAAAUUCAGUUGAACACAAAAAUAAAUGAUCUUUUGCAGCUGCUACUAUUA